CACACUAAUGUAGCAGUCAAAUGGAAUGCUACUGGAACUUUCCACUGGACAGGAUAAAAGCUGUGAGCCCUAGUCUGCUCCGGACAUAAGCUCUCAGAAACACACUCAGAGACGAGACCAACAGAGACCAGCAGAAACGACACAGACAGAGUUGAUUUGAAGAUGCUUUGCCCCAGCAUGAUGCAGCCUUCCCUCAAUCCAAUGAGCCCAAUGAGCCCCUUCAUGGACUUCCACUGGCCCGUUCGCAGUCUCUGGCCAGAGACACGGCCUCUCUUCUUCCAGAUGGAGCAGGAAAUGAUGCGAAAUAUGCAGGAGAUGAGGCACAAUAUGGAAUAUAUGCAACGACUGCACCAAAAGAUUUUUGAAGACAUUGAAGGCCCAUUAUCUUCAACUGACUUCAAGCCUAUCUCUUUCCAGAUGGGAAAAGAAAACAACCGUUUUGCACUGACACUGGACACUAAAGACUUCUCCCCAGAGGAGCUGUCUGUCAAGCAGGUGGGCAGGAAGCUGAGAGUCAGUGGAAAGACAGAGAAGAAGCAGGAUGAUGGAAAGGGCUCCUACUCUUACAGAUGCCAGGAGUUUAAACAGGAGUUUGAUCUGCCUGAAGGUGUGAAUCCUGAGACUGUCACCUGCUCUUUGAAUGAUGGACAGCUACAGAUCCAGGCUCCAAAAGUGGUUGCUGUGACAGAAGGCAAUGAGAGAGUGGUUCCUAUCACUUGCUUACCUGCCAUAACCUCACCCAGAGCUGCAGCUGAGAGCACUGCUGUAGAGGCAGAGCCCAAGAAGGACUGAUUAUGAUGACACUGUAUCAUGAUAUAACUAAUACCAUUAACUUUAUGGCUGGACAAUAAUAUACAACUCCCAUGAAUAUUAGUCAGUACAGACAUCAGUGAAUUAUCUCGGGUAAAUUGCUCUUUGUCAAAUUUGAUAAAUGCAACGUCAAUAAUUCUCAACGGCAUGGAAUGUAAAGCCAUUGUUUAUGCACAGUCAAUAAAUGUAUUAUUAUUA